GCGGAGAAGCAGCAUGUGAUGAUUCCGCUGCCCCAGGCAGCAAUCUGGCACGGAAAACCAAUUACAUCAGUGACAAAUCCAAUCCCUAUUUGCUUCAAACAUUCCCAGAUCAACGCAAUCCACAUAAAUAUGGUGCAGACGAAGAGCGAAGAUGAUUUCCCAUGGGAUAUUGGGGUGUUCGACGCCCAUUGUCAUCCCACUGACACUAUGUCAUCCAUAGCCGAGAUUCCUAGAAUGAGGGCAACAACGCUCACAGUCAUGGCGACUCGAGGAGAGGACCAAGACCUGGUGCAUCAAACAGCUGCGACGCUCACAGGCGAACAGUUACCAUCACUUCCGGAACAAAGCAUCGGACAUGUAUUGCCUUGCUUUGGCUGGCACCCUUGGUUCUCCCACCAAAUCCUAGACGAUACGGGCAAGACGGAAACAGAAGUCACAUUAGCAUCCGAUAAGAAACAAGCGCAUUAUAGCAAAGCCCUUACUCCCCGGCCGGAUGACAAAUUUAUAUCGACUUUGCCAGACCCCAAAUCGCUUUCACAGCUAAUCUCAGAAACCCGUGAGCGGCUUCUAAUUCACCCCGCCGCUCUCGUCGGAGAGAUAGGCCUGGACCGUGCUUUCAGGCUCCCCCAGGCCUGGACGCCACAAGACAAGGAAAAUCGGGAUUCGCAGAUGACUCCCGGGUCACGCGAAGGCCGGACCCUCUCACCCUAUAAGGUACAGCUAGAACACCAAAAGGCAGUGUUAGAAGCACAGUUGCGCCUGGCAGGAGAGCUUCGGCGACCCGUCUCCGUACAUAGCGUUCAAGCCCAUGGCGCAGUAUUUGAUCUUUUUAGGAAGCUGUGGUCUGGUUAUGAGCGUAAGAAGCCGUCACGACGAGAGAGGGCGCGACGUUACAGUGCUGCAAAUGCUCACGCGGAGAGCGAUGCGGAAGAAGAAAAAGAGCAACAACAAAAACCGGCUGUGGCCGAGGCACCGCCGCUUCCUUUCCCACCCAGGAUAUGUAUGCAUUCAUAUUCAGGCCCCGUGGACCCCUUGAAGCAAUUCUUGAAUCCGUCGAACCCUUCAGAUGUCUAUUUCUCCUUUUCGGCCGUGAUCAAUUUCCACGGACCGACGCCCCAAAAGGUCGUUGAAGUCAUCAAAACCCUACCAGAUGACCGAAUUCUCAUCGAAAGCGACUUACACACCGCUGGGAAACAGAUGGAUGAUUUGUUGGAGGAAGUCGCUCGGCAAAUUUGUGAGUUGCGUGGAUGGGAUUUGCACCAAGGGGUCCAACAGCUUGCGGACAAUUGGAAAAGAUUUGUGUUCGGUUAAUCAUCGCGAUACAUCUUCCCGAUCUGCCUUCUGGAUGCACUGUACUGGACAGAUCUAGGUUAUUGAGGAUGAUGGAGCAAAUAGAGUCUCCACUACAACCUAGAUGACAGCUCACAUGAUACUAUAUAAAAGGUAAAGUUGUCUUACAUAUGAUUAGAGGGGGCUGUUGUGAUACAUUUUUAAUUGUACGACUAGAUACACCUGCUUUUGAUGUAGAAAGCUACAACUAUACUUACAAUGAAGGGUAAAUAAACGGUAAGAACAUAUAGAACGACUCCAAGCACUCCAAGCUACCGUCAAUGAAGGGUAUCUGAAGUUUUUGCCUGAGGGUAUGGUAUAU